AUGCCGGCAAAGGGGAGUCUCAGACGGUUCGACAGAUCAAGAAUUGCUCCUCUGAAAGUAGAGCGUGAUGAGAGUUCGGAAGAGAUUCACAGACCACAACAUGUGAAGCGGCAAGGUGAGGUGCCACCACCACCGCCGCCACAAUCAGGUUCGUCUUCAUAUCUGCCACCUGCCCCUCCUUCAAUCCUAAGACUCCCCUCAGGAAUACUGGGGAGCCCUCCUAAAGUUGACACGAGGGAUGAUGAGUUGGAUGGAGAGAGUGAUAGUGACCUGGAUGGAAUAAGUAGUGAUGAAGAUGGAAUUGAUCCCGGCGAGGAGGCCGACGGGACUAUCGAAAAUCCUUUUAUCCCAGCUACAGCAACGACAACUCGAUCUCCAUCUUCCAUAACAGCUUCAACUACAACAUCCUCCAGUCCCGGUUCAUUGGAGCCAACCUCGGCCAGCUCCAGUGUCGCAAGUUCAACUUCAACUCCAGGAGGAUUCUUCACAUCGAGCUCAGGUGCAACUACGACAGGACUGGCUUCAGUGCCCGUGUCUACGUCAAUAUCUGGAUCCACGACCAGGUCUGACAUCGCCGCCGCACCAGUGUCCACCAGCAGUGUUGCAACCGUUGACGUGCCAGAAGCCUCAAACCAUCCCCUCGCCAAGACGGCCGUGAUUGUACCCGCAGUGAUUGGGUCGGUGGCAGCCAUCGCGGCCGUCUACCUGCUGUUUCGAUAUUGCGUGCCAUUGCGGGCGAGAUGGACAAUCUACCGUGCACGGAAAGGACAAAAACUUCCAGAAGCAGAAGACGGAAUUUUCCGGCCGACCACUCCACAGAUGACCGAAGCGUCGUAUGUCACCAAGACGGCUUCCAAAGCAUCUGGCGAGGAAUCCCUAGCUUCUACACAAAUCACUAUGCUUCCAACAUUCCCCAAAGACACGGCGGCCGCUGCCCUGCCUAUCACCAACACACGUGCUGCUCCACCAGUCCUCGUCCGCAACGUUUCGACGAAACCCAACGCUCAAAAUCCCCUCGUGAGCAAACCCGCACUUUCUCGAAGCAACAGUGCUACCAGAGCGGGAGCUGGCGCCCCUCCCGAAGGCUACGGAACCUACGCCUUCAACUUCAACCUCUCCGACUAUGCCGCAUCCCAGUCUUCAAACCCGGGUCCGGGCCAUCACAGACAUCCCAGCGGCCUAGCAAACAACCCCCCCACACCCAGAGCUUCGAAGGCGCCUGCUGGGCUGAGCAAUCAGAACAAAGCAGCCGCCAUGCCAACCAUACCCUUUGUCGGCGGCGGUGGCGCGGAGUCCGAACUCGGCGUCAGCACACCAACAGCCGCACAUUUCGGGCCCAAGACCCCGCCCGAAUCAGAAGUCAACUACUCGCCCCGCCGACUCCGCAAAUCAAUCACCCCCUCCGAAAGCGUGUCGAACAUUCCGGACUCGCCGUACCUGCGGAGUUCCGUGCUCAUGCCGCCGCCGCCGAUGCCGGCGGCGGCCCCGGUGGACUCCCGAUGGAGCAGCAAUUCGUCCAGUCUCAAUGGCCGGCUCCUGGCUCAGGCGGUGAACAUGGGCCCCGUCCAAGAUCGGGAUGUUGGCACCGCUCCCAACGCGCGGCGGCUGUCGCGGUAG